GGAUGAAAGUAGGUAAAGCAGUCACCAUGGUUCUUAAUUUCUUAAAUUGUUUGUAUUAUUAAGCGGCUAGAAAUGGCAACAAAUAAGACAAUUAAUGUCGAGAGUAUCACCAAAAAUUAGUUAAAAAAUCAUAAAGAUAAAAAGAAAAAUAACAUCCCUUCAUUCCUAUCUCCAUUUGGGCAUUUCCCACCCAAAAACCCUCCGUCUCUUCCAAACUUCAACAUACAUAAACUCCUUUCUUUCUCUCUCCUCUUUCCUCCAUUCCCCUUCCAGUUUUUUUCGUCGCACCAUUAAUGGAGUCCCUCAACACAGCUGCUUUAAUGGAGGAUUUCCUCGAUUUCUCCGAAGAAGACGACGAUGAAACUCCUCAAACUUCUACCAAUCAUCACCGCACCUUCUCCCUCCUCCGCUCCCACUCUUUUCCGGAAUUUGUGGAGGAAGAAGAAUUGGAGUGGAUAUCAAACAAGGAUACAUUUCCAAUGGUGGAAUCAUUAGUCGACUUUAUGCCAAGUACUAUUACCGACAAUUAUAAUGGUAUUAGUAUUAGUAAUAGUACUAAUAGUAAUAGUACUAGUCAUUUGAGCCCGAUUUCCGUGCUCGAAAACUGCAGUGGUGGGUUUAAUGGAAAUGUUAGCCAUGGGAGGAGCUUCAACAAUGGAAAUAUGAUGAUGAUUAAUUUCCCAUGUAAUUUUAAAGUUCCGGGCAAAGCAAGGUCGAAACAUGGAAGGAAAAGAAGGGAUAUGUUAGGACCACAGUUUCAGCACUGGCCGGUUCAUGAUAAGGUUGUUAAAAAACCCGGAGCUGCGAAAUUCAGCUCUGUUAUUGGACGCAAGUGCUUGCAUUGUGGGGCGGAGAAGACCCCACAAUGGCGAGCUGGCCCUAAAGGGCCUAAGACACUCUGCAAUGCGUGUGGGGUGCGGUACAAAUCAGGCCGUUUAUGUGAGGAGUACCGCCCUGCUAGCAGCCCAACAUUCUCCCCAGAGAUUCAUUCGAAUUCCCACCGGAAGAUUGUUGAGAUGUGGAAGAAGAAGACGAACAAUGGCUCUAGGCUAAACCCAGCCAAUGCUGGUUAGAGUUCCUAGUUUAGUUUCAUGAUCACUGGUUGCUUUGCAUUUUUCGGUUCUGUAUUCGGGUUUUUUAGCACAGAGUAGAAAAAAGAGUUAGAUUAAGAAGGCCUUUGCUAUGUAAUGAGAUUUAGAUGGCUGAUUUGAUCAUAUAAUUUGUUUCUUUCAUUGGAAGGAAGAACUAGAAAUCAAAUGAGUUUGAUAGGCCAAAUUCUUAGAUUCAAUCAGGAAAUAUUUGGCAUUAGAAUUAGAAUGAAUAGAAAUUGUUUUUAGUUUAUGGUCUAAUCAUUCUUUUUUUCUUCUACUUAACAACAUUCCUUUGUUCCAUCCAUUUCGCAGUUUGUUAUUGACAUUAAUUCCCUAAUCUUGGUUGUUUAGUAGGAAUUGUUGAAUGUAAUAUAGUUUAGUUACAUGUUAUGCAGCUCAGAAAAUGUAACGAUUUUCUUCCUUGGCAUUGUAAAGUUGAGUUAUACAGUUUUGAUUCCCAGUGAUGCUAUGUACUAUGUAUCCUUCUGGUGUUGGCAUGUGAAAUUUUGGACUUGGAGA